AUGAUGCUAAUGUUGGGCACGGCCACGGCCAGAAGUAGUGCGAGACAGUCGUCCUCCACCAUCCUGGCUGCGCUGGCGCGAAGAAGUUCCUCCACCUCAACAUCAACGGCAGCCCCAGCAACAGCGGCACCCUCAUCAGCACGUGCAACAGCACCCGCCUCCUCUUCAGCCUGUGUGCCCACAUCAAGUUCAGCCACGUCACCAGCCACAGCGCCCACCGCCACCAACACCACCACCGCCCCGGUGAGUCACCGCCGCGCCUUCUCCAAUAAGACGCGGCCCGUGCUGGGCGCGUGGUCGUCAAGUAGGCCUGCCCGCGCCUCGCGCCUCGCCCGCUCCCAGCUGGCGCCGGGCAGCGUGUCUGCAUCGGCCGCAUCAUCAUCGGCCGCCAUCGGCGCCAGCAAUAGCAGCGCCACAACAGCUCCCGCUGCCAACGGCAGCAGUCCUGGCCAGCCCGCGCCGCGCGGCCCAUCCCCGCUCAAGAUCAACACGCGCUUCGACCACUCCAUCCUCCACGGCAGCAACGAGGAGUGGGACGCCGUCAUCUUCGACAAGGACGGCACGCUCGUCGACCAGACGCGCGUCUACGCAGAGUGGACCUCGGUCAUUGGCUACCACUUUGAGCAGCACUGCGGCGCCGACGCAAAGAACAAGUUAUUUGACCUGCUGCGCGUGGAUCCAAGCACGGGACAAGUCUCUGGUGACGGCAUCCUCGCCAUGCGCCCUUGGAAGGAAAUCUACGACUCCGUCUCUCUUGAGUUGAGCCGGGAAACGGGCAUGAAGUACCACGAGGCGUCGUCCACGGUGUGCGCCUGGCGUGCGGACCUUGACCUCGCCGCCCACCAGACGCCGCUCUUUGACGUCCAGGCCCUCUUUUCCACCCUCAAGGACCACGGCACCAAGGUGGCCAUUGUCACUGCAGACGACCGCGACGUGACCACGCUCGUGCUCGCUGAUCUGGGCGUGCUGCACCUCGUCGACGCCCUGGUCACGGGCUCGGACAUGUUCGCGCCAAAGCCCCAGGCCGAGGCGGCCGACCACAUUGUCCACAAGCUGCAGCUGCGCAGGAACAAGUGCGCCGUCGUCGGCGACACGCUUGCCGACCUCCUGCUCGCCCGCAACGCGAACCUCGGCCUCGGCGUUGCCGUCCUCUCUGGCGCAUGCACGCGAGACCAGCUCUCCAACUACACGGACGUCAUCAUCGACCGUGCAGACGAGCUGCCGCGCUUGCUCUACCCGUCGUCCGCCCCGGCAGCACCCAUUGUUUCCCAUGACACCGCGCCGGAGCAGCCCACCACCACCUCCGAGCAGGCCCAGGCCGCCUCUGCUGCAGCAGCUGCUGCUGCCGCCAUUGUCACCCCAUGGCCAACAGCCACCUGCGCCUAA